GUCGCUAUGGAUGCCAUCUAUAGCCCCAAUCGCAUGUCCUGGGGCAAUGGCCUCCUCUCCCCGCUCUCUCCGACCACAAUCGACUCUCUCGAAGCGCGUUCUCGGGAUGUCCAAGAACGGACGUUUUGCAAAUGGCUCAACACCAAGCUGGAAGGGCAUGGCUACCCUCCGAUGACUUCUCUAGUUCGGGACCUGUCCGAUGGCGUACGCCUGAUUCAGCUCAUGGAGAUAAUGGGCGAUACGUCCUUGGGACGCUAUAACAAAGCACCCAGGAUGCGCGUCCAGAAGGCCGAGAAUGUAAACAAGGCGCUGGAAUUCAUAACGUCGCGCGGAGUGAAGCUCACAAAUAUCGGUCCCGAAGAUAUCAUCGACGGGAACCUCAAGCUCAUCCUCGGCAUGAUAUGGACCCUCAUCCUACGCUUCACUAUCGCGGACAUCAGUGAGGAAGGUUUGUCGGCAAAAGAGGGUCUGCUUCUCUGGUGUCAGCGCAAGACAGCUCCCUACAAGGAAUGCGACGUCCAGGACUUUUCUUACAGCUGGUCUGACGGCCUUGCUCUGUGCGCGCUCAUUCAUUGUCAUCGGCCUGACCUUAUCGACUAUGACAAACUGGACAAGACCGACCGUCAUGGUAACACUCGUCUAGCCUUCCAAGUCGCUCAGGAGCACCUCGGUAUUCCUCAACUGCUUGAGGUCGCCGAUCUGUGCGAUACCCAACACCCCGACGAGCGUAGUGUGAUGACCUACGUCGCGGGCUAUUUCCACGCGUUCUCCUCCAUGGAACAAACCGAGACCGUGUCACGACGAGUCGAGAAGUUCGCCGAGCUCAUGCAGUCCGUCUGGACAAGUCGGAACGACUACGAGAGCCGCGUGCGCGAGCUCCUCCGGUCCAUGUCCGACAUGCGGGCCGUCUGGGCCGCCAAGUCUUUCGUCGGCACGUACGCGGACGCGCUACAGCACCAGCAAUCCCUCCAGACGUACAAGCAGACGACGAAGCGCACGUGGGUGACUGAGAAGCAGGACGUCGCGACCCUCUUCGGGAACGUCCAGACGAAGCUGAAGACGUACGGCCUGAGGGAGUACGUGCCGCCUGCCGGGCUGUCUCUCGCAGACGUGGACAAGGCGUGGAACGAGCUCUUGCAGGGCGAGGCUGCGCGCUCGCGCGCUAUCAAUGCUGAGAUACGACAAAUCAAGGACAACCUCAGACACAGAUUUGCGGACCUCGCGAACAACUUCGAGAAGCGCCUGCGGCUGAUGUCGUCCGAGCUCGUCGCAAUAGAAGGCCCACUAGAAGAACAGCUCGAACAGGCCCGGCUGCUACAGGCUCGCAUACCGCCGUUCUCGGAAACGCUAGAAGCUGUGAUCGCCGCCGAGGACGAGUGCCGAGCGGCGAACGUUGACGAGAACGAUUACACAGUGUUCACCGUGGAAGAUCUACGAUUCGAGCUCGAGCUCGUUACAGGAAGCAUAGCGAAGAAACUUGCGUUCAUAGACAAUCAGAUCGUGUCCCGGAACAUGACUAACCUGACCCCAGCGCAGCUCGAACAAUUUGAGAGCACGUUCAGGUACUUCGACAAGGAUGAGUCGAACACGCUCAACCAGUCGGAGAUGUCGGCCGCCCUUGCUAGUCUUGGCAUUGUGUAUUCGGACGAGGAUAUGGACUUAAUAUAUGAUCAGCUUGUGGAGGACUAUGGCGCAGUCACCUUCGAGGCAUUCAUCAACCUCUUAGUCGACAUCAUGGAGGACCAGACAUCACCGGCGCAGCUGCGCGAUUCGUUCAGAGGCAUCGCAGGGGACAAGCCCUACGUUACCGAACUGGAUUUGCGAGUAGCGCAUCUACCUGCGGGCGCGAUCGAGUUUCUCCGACAAGCGAUGCCCUCUAAGUCAAACGACAUCGGGGAACCUGAGUAUGACUACGAACGGUGGCUAGACGAGGUCUUCGAGCAGGAUGCGCAGUGACAGCGCCCCGACUGCGCGCAUCCACAUGUACGAACGUAACUGCUUCAGUGCCUUGCUAUGGUCGACGCGCUCGGGAAGCGCUCUCUGUUUCUGACCCUCCUUUGCAUCGCGCACAUCCAUGGACAUAGAUCGCUUGCAACACUAAAUAGAGUACUGUAUUCAAUAUUUCCGUUAUCCAUCGCUUUACAUAGACGACCCAGGGAGAGUCGAGAGGGGGACGAAUGCCACCGCCUCGCCCAAUCGGAGCGCGGCAAUCGCCGUUGUCGCCCAUCGUGAUAUACUUAUAGCAGUC